AUGUUGAGAGUUGGUAGAAAUUUGCCUAAUUUAAUGAGAAGGUUUGGUACUUUCAAAGUACCUUCCAAUAUCAAUAACGAAGCUGUGAAGGCUUUCGGGGUUACUGAUACUAAGGAUUGGGAUUUAUUACGUGCUUCUUUGUUCAAGUGUAAUGAAGGUACUUUGGAUAUUCCAUUGAUUAUUAAUGGUGAACGAUUCUAUUAUAAUGAUACUACUUCUGAUAAGGGGGGGUUAGGAAGGUCUUUCUUCAAACAGCAGAACCCAGCCAACCACGAACAAGUUUUAGCAAAUGUCACUCAAGCCAAUGAUAACGAUAUUUCAUAUGCUAUAGAAUCUGCUAAGAAGGCAAAGAAACAAUGGUCAGAAACACCUUUCUAUGACAGAGCUGCCGUUUUUUUGAAAGCUGCAGAUUUGAUAUCAACAAAAUACCGUUAUGAUAUGCUUGCUGCUACCAUGCUAGGACAGGGUAAAAAUGUAUACCAAGCUGAAAUUGACUGUAUUACUGAGUUAUGUGAUUUCUUCAGAUUCAAUGUUAGGUACGCAUCCGAAUUGUAUGCAAGCCAACCUGUCAAAUCUACUGCUGGUGUCUGGAACACCUCUGAAUACAGACCUUUGGAAGGCUUUGUGUAUGCAGUUACUCCGUUCAAUUUCACUGCAAUUGCUGGUAAUUUAGUAGGUGCUCCAAUGUUGAUGGGUAAUACUGUUAUUUGGAAGCCUUCUCAAAGUGCUACCUUGUCAAAUUACUUACUAUUGACAGUAUUAGAAGAGGCUGGCUUACCAGAUGGUGUUUUGAAUUUCAUUCCUGGUGAUCCAAUAAAGGUUACAGACACAUUACUUGCUGAUAGAGAAUUUGCUGCUCUUCACUUUACUGGUUCAACUGCAGUUUUUAAAAACUUGUAUGGUAAAAUCCAAACAGGUGUGGUGAAUGGGAAAUUCAGAGAUUAUCCACGUAUUGUAGGGGAAACAGGUGGUAAAAAUUUCCAUUUGAUUCAUAAUAGUGCUAAUAUCCCACAUGCAGUUUUAUCAACAAUUAGAGGUGCAUAUGAAUAUCAGGGUCAGAAAUGUUCAGCCACAUCUAGACUAUAUUUACCUGAAUCUAAGAGCAAGGAAUUUGUAUCUGAUUUCAUAGGAACGUUGGAACAGGAUAACAGCAAAAUGUCUCCAGUCAAUACCGCUGCUAGUAACAUUAGGGGAGGUGAUUUACACGGGUUUAUUGGUCCUGUUAUCCACGAACAAAGUUACGAUAAAUUAGCUAAGGUCAUAGAAAAGGCAAAGAAUGACCCAGAAUUAGAAAUUGUAUAUGGAGGUCAAUGCGAUAAAAGCACUGGAUGGUUUGUCGGACCUACACUAAUCAAGACUACUAAUCCGAAACAUGAAUUCAUGACUCAAGAAUUUUUUGGACCUUUAUUGACAUAUUAUGAAUAUCCAGAUGAAGAUUUUAGUAAAAUCUGCGAAAUCAUCGAUACCACAUCCGAAUACGGACUAACUGGUUCAGUAUUCGCUCGUAACCGUAGUGCGAUCGAAGUGGCUAAUUCCAAAUUGAGAUACAGUGCUGGUAAUUUCUACAUCAAUGACAAAUCUACCGGUGCUGUUGUUGCUCAACAAUGGUUUGGAGGUGCAAGAAUGAGUGGUACAAACGAUAAAUCUGGGAGUGGGAAUAUCUUAAACAGAUUCGUCAGUAUCCGCAACAUCAAGGAAAAUUUCUAUGAAUUAACAGAUCAUAAGUAUCCUUCAAAUUAUGAAUAA